AUGUCAACCAUCUACCAGCUUGCGGGGCGUCUUGAGUCCGACUUGCCGCUGACGACGGAGGAGAUUACGUUUUGGUUGCAGGAAAGCGACAUUGGCCAGGCGGCUCGCUUCUACGGCCCCAACCUUGUGGAGGCGAAGCGGUGCGCACAGCGCAUCUCUGACACGCUCGUCACGAAGUACCUGAACAACCCUGACAGGGAGGCGGUGUCUCUGGAGGAUAAGUCACGUGUGUGUCUCAUUCUGAACAACUUCGCCCUUCACAAACCAAUUCGAGGCUGCGUCUUUGAGGUGCUGGAUAAACUGGAGGCCUUUUUUGAGGAAUCUAUAAAGGAAGAGGCAACCUUGAAGUUUAAUCCUGAACUGGGGCGCAUGUCAGAGCACGUGGCGGUGCUUCUCAUGCGUGUGACGGGUUACAAACUGAAGGCUGUGAAUGUGCUUGAGUUUACGGACGGGAACACACAGUUUUCUGUGCAGCUCAUGCUUGCGUUAUUACUGAAGGAGCCUGCGUACGAGCUGGGACUGCUGUGUAACUGCAUAACCACUCUUCUUGGCUUUACGCAGCCACAGGCCUUUUUUGACUCCUCAAAAGGAGUAGAGGAGACGUCUUGCCUUUCCUUCACGGAGAAAAUUGACUUUAUCAUGCACUUGAUGCUUCACCUGAAGGCGGUUCAGUCUCUCAGUGAUGUCUUGACGGAGCAGCUGGAUCAGAUGAACGUGAUGACGCCGUUGCUGCAUGUAGCUACAUGCAGUGCAAUGCGAUGCAUCAUGAACAUAUUUCGGUUUUCCUCCGAAAGCUCGACGCAGUGGCGGCAGCACAUUCUGCUUUCCACCACGUUCCUGGAACACACUGUGACGUUGUACAUGCUUAUGCAGUGCGACGCUUUGCAACGGAGUUUGGAAGGGAGGAGCCCCGACCUUAGCAUUGAAAUGUUACGUGGAAUCUCACUGGGAUUUAAGUUUGCCUCGCUCUGCACGUUUCGUAUGGGUCACCACGGUGGCGUGGUGCGCAUCUUUUCUUUGUACCUGCACGACAUGCUACAGCUUUCGCUGCAGUACGUGCAGCGGGAUAAUCCGGCAUCCAGUGUCCUCAUGCGUGUGUAUAUGGACAUGUUCCACUUCAUGUCCAACAUAGACGCCCUUGGCGGGGAGGAGUAUAUAUCUUCUGCGGAAAUCCCCAAAGAAUUACUAAGCGCGUCGCUUUUGAAUGCGAUCGAGGCGUUCCUGCAGCGCGAGGUCGCCCCGGGGGGGUUGGCGUGGGUGCAGGCAUGGCACACUGCCCUGAAGACGGUGGAGCCAGACACCCUUGUGGAUCGCAGCUCCCACACCUUUAUCACGCUGGAUAAGCUCUUUGGCGAUUUGGAGCCGAGCAUAGCGGCGCAGACACCGCCACCGUCCACCCAUAAGCCUGCAGCCGACUUGGGCGGACACCGCUUCCUGGGCGAGCUGCCUUCGCUGCGACUGAAGCCGGCCGAGGCAAAGGUGUCCAUUGAGACUGCCGCAGCCGCUGGGGAUAUGCAGCAGCGUAUCGCGGUGGUUCGGAGGGACGUCAUUGUUGGCGUCGACCCUGCCCUGCUGUGCAUCCUCACCGGCAAUGUGAUGAAGAAGCCCGUUGUGUCGCCGUACGGCCACACCUUCGAGGAGCAGGCGAUACUUGCGUGGCUUGCGCAGAACGGCUCUGUUUGCCCCAUCACUGGCAAGCCGCUGUCGGCGGACGUGCUGAAGCCGAACAAGGAGGUGGCGGCGCGCAUCAUGAAGCAGGUUAUCCAGCAGAGCAUGGCAGGCUACAACCAGGAAAAUGAGGCGGACCUCUACGACUUUUAG